GAGAGAUGUGAUGUGUUUAGGGCUGGUUUGUGUGGAUGGUAUAAAAGAAAUCUCCAGGGCUGCGUUGAUCUGACGAACUGUUGAGGCUGCUGUGGAGGCUCAGCAGUGUGCAUGAGCAAUAGCCUAGCUGUGAGGCUGGGGGAAUGAGGCAGGGGUCAGGAUGACUGUACCACUGUUGAAAAUUGGAGCUGUACUCAGCACUAUGGCAAUGGUGACCAACUGGAUGUCUCAGACUUUGCCCACGCUUGUGGGUCUGAACGGCACUAAAAUCAGUUCAUCGGGAAGCACGCAGAAAAUAACUCUCUUCCCAAGUCCAGAGGAAGGCUGGGAGAUAUACAGUUCCGCCCAGGAUCCCGAUGGGAAGUGCGUGUGUGCAGUGGUCGCCCAGCGGAGUAUCUGCUCGCGUGACGCACGCAGUAAGCAGCUGCGCCAGCUGCUGGAGAAGGUUCAAAACAUCUCCCAAUCCAUUGAGGUCCUGGACCUACGAACCUACCGGGAUCUCCAGUACGUGCGGAACACAGAGUCACUGAUGAAAGUUCUCAACGCCAGAUUAAAAGUAGCAACUGAGAGCCAAUCGAAUCUGUUGAACAAAAAUUUCCAGGAACUAAAGGACAUGAUGAACGAAUUGCUGCCUCUGAUCCCAGUCCUCGAUCAAUACAAAUCUGACGCACGAUUGAUUCUCAAGUUGAAAGAGGAGGUUCGGAACCUGUCAGUGGUGCUGCUGGGAAUCCAGGAAGAGAUGGGUGCCUACGACUAUGAUGAGCUGCAGCACAGAGUCAUGCUUCUUGAGCAGAGGCUACACGCAUGCAUGCAGAAACUGGGUUGUGGGAAGCUAACAGGCAUCAGUAACCCCUCCACCGUCCGAGCAUCAGGCUCCCGGUUUGGUGCGUGGAUGACCGACACUCUGGCUUCCAGUGCAGAGAAUCGGAUAUGGUCCAUGGACGGCUACCUAAACGGCCGCAUUGUCCACGAGUUCCGCUCCUUCAACGACUUUGCCAAGGGCCAGAAUUUUGUCUUCUACCGCCUGCCCCACCCCUGGGCUGGCACGGGCCACGUGGUCUUCAACGGCUCCCUCUACUACAACAAGUACCAGAGUAACAUCAUCGUCAAGUACCACUUCCGCUCUCGCCGUGUGCUGGUCCAGCGGAGCCUGGAUGGCGCUGGCUACAACAACACCUACCCCUACUCCUGGGGUGGCUUCUCCGACAUUGACCUGAUGGUAGAUGAGAGUGGCCUCUGGUCCGUCUACACCACCAACCAGAAUGCCGGCAACAUCAUCCUCAGCCGGCUGGAUGCCGAGACACUGGAGAUCCUUCAGAGCUGGGACACAGGCUAUCCCAAGCGGAGCGCUGGCGAGUCAUUUGUGAUCUGCGGUACCCUCUAUGUGACAAACUCACACCUUGCAGGGGCCAAGAUCUAUUUUGCCUACUACACUAACACAUCGAGCUACGAGUACACCGACAUACCUUUCCACAACCAGUACUCACACAUAUCCAUGCUGGACUACAACCCCAGAGACCGCGCGCUAUACACAUGGAAUAAUGGCCACCAGGUUCUCUACAACGUCACACUGUUCCAUGUUGUAAAGACAUCAGGUGAAUUGUAAAGUAAUAGGACAAUUCUUUUUACAUUUAAAAGUAUCAUUUAUUGAACAAAAGACUGUCUGGUGUGAGUGCGCAUGGUUCUUUGUGUUACUGAACAAUAAAGUUUAACU